GAUCAAUCGUUCUUUCUGGACUAUCAUUGUUUACACAUUAGUUAUUGCCACUCCCUUCUUUCAUCAUGAAUCCAAUGCAAUGAACACUUCCAUGAUUACCCCAAACCUAUGCCUUGGUGACGGCAAGACCAUAGUUUCCAAAGAUAAAGGAACCUUUGAACUUGGCUUCUUCACAAAAUCCAACAAACGCUACCUUGGAAUUUGGUACGCCAACAUCACAAUCCAAACCAUUGUGUGGGUGGCGAACGGUGCCAACCCCAUCAACGAUUAUUCCCCUGUUACCCCUCCCAUUUUAGAACUUAAAAGCAAUGGAAGCUUGGUUCUUACUCACAAGAACGUUCUUGUAUGGCAAACAAUCAGCAGUUCCCCGGCAACCGCAGUGCGGAAUCCGGUGGCGGAGCUUCUUGAUUCCGGCAAUCUUGUGAUAAGAGAGGAGAAUGAUACAAACCCACAACGCUAUUUGUGGCAGAGCUUUGACUACCCUUCAAAUACAAUGUUGGCAGGGAUGAAACUGGGAUGGGACAUUAGAAGAAAUUUCAACAGGAAGAUCACAGCCUGGAAGAGUGAUGAUAAUCCAGCACCAGGUGACUUUUCUUGGAGUGUUAUGCGGUACAACUACCCUGAAGUGUAUAUGACGAAGAGAAGAAGAAAGAUGUACAGAAUUGGACCCUGGAACGGGUUGCGUUUCAGUGGCAUGCCAGAACUGAGAUCCAAUCCAAUCUUUAAUUUCAACUUCGUCUCCACUGCUGAAGAAGUUUACUACACAUGGACCCUCAAGGACCCUUCUCUAACAACCAUCGCAGUCCUUAACCAGAGCGCGGGCGGCCGCCCUCGCUACGUUUGGUCGGAGGCCGAUGAAUCGUGGAGGACUUAUUCAACUUUGCCAGGGGACUAUUGUGAUACCUAUGGACUGUGUGGUCCUAAUGGAUAUUGUAGCAUAACUGCAUCACCAGUGUGUGAGUGUUUGAAAGGGUUUAAGCCCAAGUUUCCCAAAAAGUGGAACUCAAUGGAUUGGUCCCAAGGAUGUGAAAGAAACCAUCCAAUAAGGUGCAAUAGUAAUGGUACCAAUGAGGAUGGUGAUGGGUUUGUGCUUUUGCAGGGAUUGAAAGUGCCAGAUACUGAAUAUACUUUGGUGUAUAAGGAUAUUGAUUUGAAUAAAUGUAGAGGCAUGUGCUUGGAAAAUUGUUCAUGCAUGGCUUAUACAAACUCAGAUAUAAGAGGAGGUGGUCAAGGCUGUGUCAUGUGGUUUCAUGAUUUAAUUGAUAUCAAACUGUUUCCUGAUGGUGGACAGGAACUAUACGUCCGACUGCGUGCUUCUGACUUGGGUGCUGAGCAUACACAAAAGAGAAUGAAAAUAAUAGUUGGAACCGCUAUUGCCGCAGCACUUAUUUCGGUAACUACUUAUUCUGCCUACAGAUUCAGGAAAAAGAUUGCAGAAAAGUCAUCGAAGGUAGAAGAUAAUUAUGAAAGUUAUGUAGAUGAUUUGGAUCUUCCAUUGCUUAAUUAUUCAGCAAUUAUGGUUGCUAGUAAUAACUUCUCAGUGAAGAAUAAGAUUGGAGAAGGUGGUUUUGGACCAGUAUAUUUGGGAAAAUUAGCAAAUGAACAGGAAGUUGCUAUAAAGAGACUAUCAAAGAGUUCAAUACAAGGAUUUUCUGAGUUCAUAAAUGAAGUUAAACUAAUUGCAAAACUUCAACAUCGAAAUCUUGUAAAACUUAUUGGUUGUUGCAUUCAAGGACAAGAGAAGAUGCUAGUUUAUGAAUACAUGACCAACGGUAGCUUAGAUUACUUCAUUUUCGAUCAUAGCAAAGGAAAAUUGCUAAACUGGCAAAAGCGCAGUCACAUAAUAGGUGGAAUUGCUAGAGGCCUUAUGUAUCUUCAUCACGAUUCUCGACUGAGGAUUGUACAUAGAGAUCUCAAAGCGAGUAAUAUUUUACUUGAUGAUAAUUUAAGUUCAAAAAUAUCAGAUUUUGGAAUGGCUAGACUUUUUAGAGGAGAGCAAAACGAAGAAAGUACAAAUAAAAUUGUUGGGACUUUUGGAUACAUGGCACCAGAGUAUGUCCUUGAUGGAUUAUUUUCGGUAAAAUCUGAUGUUUACAGUUUUGGCGUUUUAUUGCUAGAGAUUAUAAGUGGGAAAAAGAAUAGAAGAUCUCAUGCAAAGCAAUCAUCCCUUAACCUCAUUGAUCAUACAUGGGCACUGUGGAAAAUGGGCAAUGCUUUCCAAAUAAUUGACCCAAACAUUGAAGACUCAUGCAUUGAAUCUGAAGUAUUGCGUUUCAUCCAUAUUGCUCUAUUGUGCGUACAACAUUGUCCAGAAGAUAGACCUAAUAUGACCUCAGUAGUUCUAAUGUUAAGUAGUGAGAUGGAAUUGGAUCAGCCUAAAGAGCCUGGUUUUUUCACUAGGAGGGAAAAUGUUGAAGCAAAUUCAUGCACAAGCUACCCAAGUUCAAAUAAUGAAAUUAGCAUAACCUUAUUAACUAGCAGGUAAAAACCAAAGUUAUAAAAUAAUGUAUGUAUAUAUGCCUAGGAUCAAAGUGUAUCUAACUUUAAGAAAUUGUUAUG